AUGAAGCUCGUGGAUAUUGGAAGCAUAUUGAUUUACUUAUUGGAGCCCGAUUAUUUCUUCGACUUCAUGUCGCCGAACGAAAUCCAUAACAUGAAAUCAGGACUUUACUUACUCAACACAAAAGUUGGACCAAUAAUAACUGGAAAGGAUAUAUCAACAUGGACGAAGAGAAGGCUCUGGAACAGUUCAAACAAAAUAUCACUAAAAAGAACAAAAGAUACCAAGUUGCUGGCUGUGGAAAGACUCAAAAAACAAAUGCAACUCAAUAUUAUCGAAGAAGUACCGCAUCACGAGGUAUUAACUCCAUGCAAAUCAACAACAAAACUCCGAAUCAUAUAUAAUGUUUCGGCCCACUUUAAAGGUAUGAAAAGUUUAAAUGAUGUUUUGCGCGAUCCUACAACAUUAUCUGACCUGGCAGAUGCCUCAUAUGUAGCCUAUUCAGCAGCUAUAUAUUACGAAAUUAUGGAGCUCAUCAGAACCUUUUUGAUAUUCGCUAAAUCGUGCAUCGCGCCAAUCAAAGGUAUAACAAUACUCCGGCUGGAGUUAUUAGCAAUACCCAUUGGAGUACGAGCAGUAGAAUUCGUAAUAAAUCAACUGGAAUAUGAAAACGUACCGAUAACAUAA